AGAAAAUGAAUGAAACAUGACAUAUGAGAGAUGUAAUUGUUAGUUUUAUGGCGGCUAUCACAGGGACAGACAAGAGUUGGGACCAACGACACCUCCAUCGUCACAAUGGCAGAAGCCUCCAGCCAGCUCUGCCAUGUCGAGGAGGCCACCCCCAGCACUGGUGUGGUGGUGGAUGUGGGGGAGAUGGAGGAUGAAGAGACCCACAACCCACAACCUUGAAAGAAGCCAUGUAUAAUGAAUACUAUUGUGGAAGAGCUGGAGAUAGACGAUAGAGAGACCAACGACACCUCCACCAUCGAGGAGGUCGUCCGGAGCAUGGUGGAUGUGGAGAGGGAGGAUGAAGAGGCCAACGACACCUCCACCAUCGAGGAGGUCGUCCCCACCACUGGUGUGACAGUGAAGGUUGUGGAGAUUGAGGAUGAAGAGACCCACGACACCUCCACCAUGGUGGUGUCAGUUGACGAGGCCUCCAACCACCUCUGCCCUCCCAAGGAGGCCAUCCCCAGCUCUGUAAUGGCGGUGGCUGUGGAGGUGGAGGAUGAAGAGACCAACGACACCUCCACCAUCGAGGAGGUCGUCCGGAGCAUGGUGGAUGUGGAGAGGGAGGAUGAAGAGGCCAACGACACCUCCACCAUCGAGGAGGUCGUCCCCACCACUGGUGUGACAGUGAAGGUUGUGGAGAUUGAGGAUGAAGAGACCCACGACACCUCCACCAUGGUGGUGUCAGUUGACGAGGCCUCCAACCACCUCUGCCCUCCCAAGGAGGCCAUCCCCAGCUCUGUAAUGGCGGUGGCUGUGGAGGUGGAGGAUGAAGAGACCAACGACACCUCCACCAUCGAGGAGGUCGUCCGGAGCAUGGUGGAUGUGGAGAGGGAGGAUGAAGAGGCCAACGACACCUCCACCAUCGAGGAGGUCGUCCCCACCACUGGUGUGACAGUGAAGGUUGUGGAGAUUGAGGAUGAAGAGACCCACGACACCUCCACCAUGGUGGUGUCAGUUGACGAGGCCUCCAACCACCUCUGCCCUCCCAAGGAGGCCAUCCCCAGCUCUGUAAUGGCGGUGGCUGUGGAGGUGGAGGAUGAAGAGACCAACGACACCUCCACCAUCGAGGAGGUCGUCCGGAGCAUGGUGGAUGUGGAGAGGGAGGAUGAAGAGGCCAACGACACCUCCACCAUCGAGGAGGUCGUCCCCACCACUGGUGUGACAGUGAAGGUUGUGGAGAUUGAGGAUGAAGAGACCCACGACACCUCCACCAUGGUGGUGUCAGUUGACGAGGCCUCCAACCACCUCUGCCCUCCCAAGGAGGCCAUCCCCAGCUCUGUAAUGGCGGUGGCUGUGGAGGUGGAGGAUGAAGAGACCAACGACACCUCCACCAUCGAGGAGGUCGUCCGGAGCAUGGUGGAUGUGGAGAGGGAGGAUGAAGAGGCCAACGACACCUCCACCAUCGAGGAGGUCGUCCCCACCACUGGUGUGACAGUGAAGGUUGUGGAGAUUGAGGAUGAAGAGACCCACGACACCUCCACCAUGGUGGUGUCAGUUGACGAGGCCUCCAACCACCUCUGCCCUCCCAAGGAGGCCAUCCCCAGCUCUGUAAUGGCGGUGGCUGUGGAGGUGGAGGAUGAAGAGACCAACGACACCUCCACCAUCGAGGAGGUCGUCCGGAGCAUGGUGGAUGUGGAGAGGGAGGAUGAAGAGGCCAACGACACCUCCACCAUCGAGGAGGUCGUCCCCACCACUGGUGUGACAGUGAAGGUUGUGGAGAUUGAGGAUGAAGAGACCCACGACACCUCCACCAUGGUGGUGUCAGUUGACGAGGCCUCCAACCACCUCUGCCCUCCCAAGGAGGCCAUCCCCAGCUCUGUAAUGGCGGUGGCUGUGGAGGUGGAGGAUGAAGAGACCAACGACACCUCCACCAUCGAGGAGGUCGUCCGGAGCAUGGUGGAUGUGGAGAGGGAGGAUGAAGAGGCCAACGACACCUCCACCAUCGAGGAGGUCGUCCCCACCACUGGUGUGACAGUGAAGGUUGUGGAGAUUGAGGAUGAAGAGACCCACGACACCUCCACCAUGGUGGUGUCAGUUGACGAGGCCUCCAACCACCUCUGCCCUCCCAAGGAGGCCAUCCCCAGCUCUGUAAUGGCGGUGGCUGUGGAGGUGGAGGAUGAAGAGACCAACGACACCUCCACCAUCGAGGAGGUCGUCCGGAGCAUGGUGGAUGUGGAGAGGGAGGAUGAAGAGAGCCAUGACACCACCAGCACUGGCGUGGCGGUGGCUAUGGAGGUGGAGGAUGAAGAGACCAACGACACCUCCACCAUCGAGGAGGUCGUCCCCACCACUGGUGUGACAGUGAAGGUUGUGGAGAUGGGGGAUGAAGAGUCCCACGACACCUCCACCAUGGUGGUGUCAGUUGACGAGGCCUCCAACCACCUCUGCCCUCCCGAGGAGGCCAUCCCCAGCUCUGUAAUGGCGGUGGCUGUGGAGGUGGAGGAUGAACGAGAUGGCAAUGCCCGGUGAUGAAAUAGAUGUUCUGCUGUUGGAGGAAGAGGAGGUCAUCCUCAAUCUCCUUUUAUUGGAAGAAGGAAGGCGUGAGAGAAGGUGGAAUGUCCGCCCCUUAAACAGCAGAAGAGAGGAGCAGGGAGAGUUUAACCUCGUCCGCGACAUGCGAGAAAUGGAUCCAGAGCAUCAUUUUAAGUAUUUUCGCAUGUCCGCGAAUCGGUUUGACGACUUGGUCCAUCGUAUCUCCCCUUACGUACAACAUCAAAGCAGUCACAAGCAACCGAUUUCUGUUCAGGAGAGGUUGGCUGUAACCCUGCGCAUCUGGCCUCUGGUAGCUCGCAGCAAAGUGUGGCUUCCAGCUACCGAAUGGGGUCAACAACUGUGUCUAAAAUCGUGGUAGAGGUAACCCGUGCGCUAUGGCGCGCCCUACAAGAGGAGUUUCUCGCCGUCCCAUCUGCUGCCGAGUGGAAGGAGAUUUCCAAAAAGUUUUGGAGGCUGUGGAACUUUCCCAACUGUGUCUGUGCCAUCGACGGGAAGCACGCUACCAUCAAGGCGCCACCAUCUGCGGGGAGCGACUAUUUUAAUUACAAGGGGACUCAUUCAAUUGUCCUGAUGGCCGCAUGUGAUGCACAGUACCGGUUCACGAUGGUGGAUGUAGGUGCGUACGGCCGUGGAUAUGGAGAGGGAGGAUGAAUUAAGUACUUUACACAGUGCUUUCACUCUAGGAAACUACAACCUUAAAUGUGCUUCUUUAUGUUUUUAAGGAUUAACUAAAUGUGUAAAGACCAGUGAAUACUUGAGCAGAUAGUUGCCAUAGUAAAACAAUUGUGAUUUCAUGACACUGAACUCUCAGGUUUUACAGUGAUAUUAACGAUAAGGGGACACUCCUGUAUGACAUGGGAAACAAGAGGGCCUUCAGGAGGUUCUUUACCAGGGUAUGGAAAGCCCUGAGGAACUCGCUGAUUCUGCUGCUCUGUCUCUGUGGAGGAAGAGUAAGGGGUGUGAAACACCACCCACCCUGCCCCUCCCCCACCUAAACCCACCAACAAGCCUACCCCCACCCAACCACCCCCCAGCCUAUACCUCUAUCUACCCACAUAUGAGAGGCAGAGCUAUUUAUUUAUCACGGUAAGCUACAAUUGGCUACAAUUUGAAUUAAUUUAAUUUCACCAGUACAAAAUCCAUUCUGGGGUUAUAUUGAAAAGGGCUAUGCCCCCUGCUCUCUGGAUAGGUGUGCCCACGCGUGUAGCCACGUGUGUUUGUUUAGGUCUAUUUGUGGGUGGUAGGCUACGUUUUCAGUCUCUGUCGCUGGACUUGGUGAUGGCAGGACACAAAUCUUGGGUGCAGACUCUCCAUCAGAUGUUGGCAGUGCUUGAAGUCCCUGGAGGUGAUCAUUGAAGAGUAGCAGGUGGGCCAUACCUCGGUCCUCUAGACUUCUCAACUGGUCACUUCUCAAAAAGUCCACAUUGAAGUCAGAGGUCCACAUCUGUUCCACCGGCACCUGGAAUAUCCUCUUCUACCACUGCUCCGAUGGACUUUGCAAGCUGGAGGAGAAUGUGUUUCAGCAGCACUGGUCAACAGGUGAAGUUGUUGCUGGAAUUUCCCAUCGUAGUUGUCGUAGUGCAGACAUGUCUGGAUAUCUGAAGUUGGUCACGUAUACGUUGGUUUGGGAAACUGGAAUUAGAAUCCCAGAGUUCGGUGUAGCUCCCGACCUGUAGAGGGCGCAAAUCGUGGUCGAGCCCCAAAAUUGUUACCCGCCCUCCACUAGGGGUCAGAGGUUGGAUAAUCUGUAGUGUAUAAGAGACAUGACAGGUGAUGAAGUUGUUUAGCAUUUCAACAGUAGAUUUAUUUUAAAAUUCUUUACAUAUCGGUUAUACACACAAGUGGUAUUAAAACGUGCCACUUCAGGUAAGUAAAUAACCAAAUAGAUAACAAUUAACAAUGAGACAUGUAAUCCAUGCUUUCAUUCACUUCCAUAAGCCGUAAACUUCUUUAAACCAAUGUAGGCCUACAUAGAAAUUUCCAUAUGACAGCAAAACCAUUAAAAUAGCAAUGUGUUUCACCUUUAAUCAGUAGUCACAAUAAGAAAUAUGAAUAACCUUUUCUUUUCCCAUUUUAUGGAAUGGCACUGGUCUAAUGUAUAAUAUGUUUAAAUCCCUCCAUAGGUUACAGUUAAGUAUCACGUCACAAUUACCAUAAAUCACACAAGGUAACAAUAGAGCAUUUAAAUUAAUUACUCUUCAAUGCGAUUAAUGCACUAGUUUGGACCCUUGAGAUUGCAGCAUACUGCUAUACUGUUAUUAUAAUGGCAUACUCUUUAUAAAUUUAAUACUGAUCCUACUGAUUAUCAACACUCUUAUUUUGGUUGUUGAGAUCCCAUUUCAACACACAACACAUCGUAUUUUGUUUAAUAACACACAUUCAUGACCUCUACAAACUCACAUGGCGACCGCCAUUUUAUGAACUGUUCAUUGAAUGUAUGUCACUGACUAUAAGAUUACACAAUCUUCCGUGUACUUGUGUUACUACGAUUCAUUGCACCAAUAACGUUAAUGAAAACGUAAACCUCAUAGGAUUCAAACUGACUACUGAAAAUACAUCACUUAAUUUAGAGUAACGUUUGCUAUCGUCCACAGUAUGUCCUUACAUACGACUAACGUUAACGGUGCAUCAGUAUUAGCACAGACCACGUUAGCUAUAUGGUUAGCUAGUGGCUAGCUCUGUCGACGAGCACUGGAUAGCGCUCGUUAAAACACAUUUAUUGCCACAGUACACGAACCUAAUCAAAGCCUUUAUAAUAAUUACAUGCUAGAUAUUUUUAUCCUUUCGAAACCUAAUCCUUAUAUUUGUCUUUACCAACCUAUAGUGUAUAAUAAGAGACGACAGGCGAUGAAGUUGUUUAGCGUUUCAACGGUAGAUUUAUUUGAAAAUCCACGAACGAAACGCAGAUCUAUUGAUCCCGAGCAGGAAGCUCCCCCUAGCGGUCUUGAAGGUAAUUUCCAUGAAAAGGUUAUUAAGUUAGAUUCAGUAUAAUACUGCAUUGUAUUCAAAAUGACAAAUAUAAGGGGUGCUUAAUUUUAGAGUGGAUUUCAACCCUUUACACUUUCACUCUGGGAAACUACAACCUUAAAUGUGUUUCCUUAUGUUUUUAAGGAUGAACUAAAAACCAAGAUACUGUAAUAAACUGCUGUAUUCAUAUGAAUUGUAUGACAACAUUAAUAACAUUU